CGAAACGCGCUCUCAGGGAAAUACGAGAUGCGUUUAGCUUUAAACUGCGCCUUCAUUCUGACAGCCGUCGUGCUGUGCGCGGCGUACAAGGUGCCAAGCGCCCAAGUGCGAGUGUUCUAUCCCAAGGGAUUUGAGGUUUCCAUACCGCACGAGGAGGGCAUUACAUUGUUCGCCUUCCAUGGCAAGCUAAACGAGGAUUUUGAUGGAUUGGAAGCUGGCACAUGGGCGCGCGACAUACCCAGUGCGAAAAAGGGACGCUGGACAUUCCGUGAUCGGGAAACCGUUUUGAAUAUAGGCGACACCCUGUACUAUUGGACCUUUGUCGUCUAUAAUGGACUGGGCUAUCGCGAGGAUGAUGGCGCGUAUGUGGUCACCGAGUAUACGCAAAGUGGGAAAUCCUAAGACAGCUUGAAAUAAGCACGAAAUCGAAGUCUAUAACGUGAAUGGCUAAUUUCCAUUGUGUGUCAAUUAAAAAACCUGUCUUUAAUUAACUUAUAUGAAUACAUUACGAGUAGACAUAGAACGUAGAAUUGGUUUAUAUAGGCUAUUCUCUUAAAUAUACGUUACAUAAUAUAUAGAAGAACAGGCUUUUCG